GGACCAGUGUCACAAGCUGAGAAGCAACCCACCCAACCCAUUUCGCUAUCGCUCUCUCGGCUAUCACAUAUUCACAUGACUUUGUUCCGUCGUCAGCUCAGCUGCGUUGCUUCCUUUAUUAAAUCCUCCAGGCUCCAUCCCAUCUCUAAUUUGGUUUAAUUAGCAUGGCUUUGUUUCAUCCAUUCUCCAGCUCUCUCUUGUCCCCAGUAACGUUGUCUCACAAACAGUUAGGAGGAGCUACCCAACUAGUUCGGGUGCCACUCCGACCCCCGUUGAACGCCGUCCCAGUACGAAAGAUCAAGUGCGGUGCGGUUGCAGACAUCAAACCUGCAGCACUUGACGAUGAGGACGAGGUCCUCCUGGUUGGUCCUACCAGCGAUCAAGAGCGGAGGGGAGAGAGGAUCGUGGCUGACUAUGAUUGGGCAGAGGAAUGGUACCCCCUGUACCUCACCAAGGACAUCCCAGAGGAUGCACCACUCGGCCUAACUGUGUUCGAUAAGCAACUAGUUCUCUACAGAGACGCCAAUGGUGUGCUUCAGUGUUACCAAGAUCGCUGCCCCCACAGGCUGGCGAAAUUAUCUGAAGGCCAACUGGUUGAUGGAAGACUCGAAUGCUUAUAUCAUGGUUGGCAAUUUGAAGGUGCAGGAAAAUGUGUCAAGAUUCCUCAGCUUCCAGCUGAUGCCAAAAUUCCAAGAUCGGCUUGUGUGAAAACAUAUGAGGCGAGGGACUCCCAAGGUGUUGUGUGGGUUUGGAUGUCCCAUAAGACACCACCAAACCCUGCUAAGCUUCCUUGGUUUGAGAACUUUGACCGGCCAGGGUUCCAAGAUACUUCUACAACCCAUGAGCUUCCUUAUGAUCACUCCAUACUUUUGGAGAACCUCAUGGAUCCAGCCCAUGUUCCGAUCUCACAUGACAGGACAGACUGGAGUGCUAAAAGGGAAGAUGCUCAACCACUGCGUUUUGAGGUCACUGAACGCACCGAUCGAGGAUUCGCAGGCUGGUGGGGUAAUACAACUGGGCAGUCCGCAUCCGCCUCCAGCUUCUUGCGCUUUGAAGCACCCUGUUCUCUUCAAAACAACCGAGAAAUUGUUGAUGACAAGACUGGCGAAAAGCACUACUUCUCAGGCCUCUUUCUUUGUAGACCAACUGGACAAGGGAAGUCCAUGCUCAUUGUGCGGUUCGGAGGAACAAAAAGAUCCCCACUAGCAAAAUUGUUUCCCAAAUGGUACUUCCAUCAGAAUGCAGGAAAGGUGUUUGAGCAAGACAUGGGAUUUCUAUCAUCGCAGAAUGAGAUACUUAUGAAAGAAAAAAUACCCACCAAACACCUCUACCUUAACUUGAAAUCCUCAGAUACAUGGGUAGCUGAAUACAGAAAAUGGAUGGACAAAGUCGGGCAUGGGAUGCCUUACCACUUUGGCCACAGCACAAUAUCAUUGCCCAAAGAGCCUGCUGUGGUUGAACAUGCUCCUGCUGGACUUGUUGCAGGUGUAUCAGCAUCCUUGCCUGCCAAGGGAGGCAUUGGAACCAUGCAUGCUCCAAAUUUGGCCAACCGGUAUUUCCGGCAUGUGGUUCACUGCAAAGACUGCAGAAAUGUUGUCAAAGCUUUCCAAGCUUGGAAAAAUGCCCUUUCUGCUAUUGCAUUUGCAUCGACCGCUUUGGCAAUUCUAAUCUCCGGAAGACAAUGGAAGGCUCUACUGUUAGUAUCAGCAGCCGUAUGCUCCGGCGGAGUUUAUGCAUGUUCAGCUGCUGUUGCAUUGAACACAACAAAUUUCAUAAGGACACAUAGGAGGUUGUGAGCCCUCAAGGUAGUGCCCACUUGGGUAAUGACUGUUGCUUGUAUCAUAUACAUUUCUAGAUCAUGAUUCGAACUUUACUUUACUGUGAGAACAAAGGAUAAUUACUAGUUAAACAGGAGAUUUACACUUUUCUCGA